UUAUGGUGGAGCACUGCUAAUAGUCGACGUUUGUGAUUCAGCGUGGUUGAAACAUAAGUAAAGUCAAGAUGUCGCAAUCAAGAACCACGUCGUUGAAAUCAAAUGCAGAGAAUUCUUCAGACAGCAUUGAUGAGUCAGGGAAAAUAUCAAAUUUGGAAAAAGAUCUGGAAGAAGAGAAGAGUAUGGAAAUCUUACAUUGUGAAGAGGAUGACCAAAAUUCUGCUGUUGAUGAAAGUGAAGAGUCCACUUCACAGGAAAUUUGGAUUCCACCAGCGGCUUCCAAUAUCAUUGGUCAAAAUCAGAAAGUGAAUCGGAUGACAGAAGAUACUUUUAGUCAAGAAGAAAAAUUAAUUAUCCUGUUUUGCGAGCUGCAGUUGAUUCUUGAAAGUGACGAGUAUGACGACGGCUUAAGAAAGAGUCUACAAGAAUCCAAUCCAGGAUAUCAGACAAAAAUCGAAAAAAGAAAGAAAGAUCUGUUAAAAGAAGACCAUGGAAUUGUUGUUGCAGGUGAAACAAGUGCAGGGAAAUCGACGUUAAUAAAUAAAAUUCUACAAAAAAAAAAUUUUAAAGCCAAGUUGAAGGAAUCAACUUCUACGAUUUGUAAAAUAAGAAAUUCAUCAGAAGUUCGGAUUAUCACAGAAGACAUCAAUGAGGAAAUCAGAACAGAAGCUUUUCAAGAAAAGUGCAAUCUUGAAACAGAAGAUGGACAGACGUUACUGAGAGAAACAUUAAAAAAAUUAACAGACAUGACCUCAGCGAGUGUCAGCAACUAUUUCCGAUCAGUAGACGUUGGAUUCCCAUUACCCUUUCUCAAGGGCAACACAAUUAUCGUUGAUACCCCAGGAAUAGGUGGUUCUGGGGACUAUAGCGAAAAACUGAUGGAGUACCUUCCAAAUGCAGUUUCCUUUAUUUUCGUUGUCGAUGUCGCAAGUGCCGGUGGAAUGCAAAAUGACAGGCUUCCACAUAUUCUGAAGUCAAUAGUUCAACUUCAAAUUGAAGAUGAGAUGCCAUGCUUCGAUCCAAGAGAGGUAAUAUUCAUUACAAAUAAGUGGGAUGCUAUUGGAAAAGAUGAAGACAAUGAUGAACAAAAGAUCUGGGAAGAUCUGAAGAAAGAUAUCGAAAGUAGCUGGCAAUCUAUAAAGGAGGAAAAUAUUUUCAAAAUGAGUCUACAAGAAGUGUCACCAAAUAAAACGAAUGCUUCAACAAAGGAGUUUGAAAAAUUUCACCUUUCCUUGAAAUCGAUUAUCAAGAAAAGUGAAAAUAAAAGACUUUUACAACAUUUAAGAUAUCUGCAUGAGUUGUUGAAAAAUGUGUUAAAGGGGAUAGAUUCUGGACUAGUGUUAGGUAAGAAAAGUGAAGAGGAACAGAGGGCUUUAACAGAGAAACACAUGGAAAAAAUCAAGGAGUUAAAAAGUAAAUGUGAAGAGGAGGGAAGGGAGUUGCGAGAUAAUUUCCAAAAGAUGAUUGAAGACUCGGCCACAGAGGUCUAUGAUUAUAUGUCAACACCUCUUGGAAAAGAUCGAAUAUUGAAUCCUCCGGGACAAAUGAGCUUAAUGGAAAUGCCUUAUAUUCCAAAUAUGCUCAGUGAACAGAUCAAAGACAGAGUACGGAUAUAUGUCCAAAGUGUAUUGCAAUCGGAAAAAAAUCAAAAAAAGUUUAUUGAAUUUAAGGAGAGAGUCCUUGUUUUUUAUACUGAAAUGCUGUCUGAGAUUUCAGAAUUGGAAAGUGAUUGGACAGAAUAUUCUGAAGGAACACACACAGUUAAUGUUGAAGAAGGAUCAAUGGUACCAUAUGUGGCUGGUGUAAUUGCCACGUCACCGCUAUGGAUACCAUUACUAGCGGUCGGCAUUGGCUUGGCCUUUGCAACUCUUGGUGUUGGUAUUGCUAUAUCGCCAUUUGUUGCGCCAGUCCUCGCAUAUCUUGGUCGGAAAGAAAGAAGACAAGAAGUAAUAGAUAAGGAGUUUGAGAUGUGCAGGUCAUCGAUUCAAAGCACAAUAUGUAAUCAUCUUGAGGAAGCUUAUGGGCAGUUAUUUGAAACACUGAUUCAAAAGACUGUAAUUGAAAUCCUACCACGAAGGAUAAAAGCUUUAGAAAAAAUGAUCCAUGACCUAUCAAAAAAACCGUCAGCGAAUACUUGCCAAUCAAGAAACGCUUGAACAUCUUUCCAGGAAGUUAAAAUCCAUCGAGCAAAGAAAAUUAGAAUUGCAGACGAGCGUUGAAUCAAUUAUGUAGACGGAAUGUAUAUAAUUUCGAUAUUGUACUCGAUCAGUUCAGGAGCUCGAGUUUUUAUGUAGUUAAACUGCGUAAAAUAACGUAAGGAUGGAAGAUGACAAUGCAUGAUAGUAUGCAUAUAUUGAUUGGAUCCGAGGGCAACAGGUGUUUUUAUGGACCCAAGAAUUAAACAGUUUGUCUGCGUUAACAGUUUCGAUAGAUGGGUCGACAAAAUACAUUUUACUCCAGAACAGUCAACAUUUCUUUUUUAAACAUCUUUUGUUAAUUUG